CGUACAGUACGGUUUGAAAUGUGACUCAAAAUAAGCACUGGUGGAAUACUAUUCUGUGGCAGCUGAAGGACUUGUGUUUACACUUUUUGAAAGGGAGAGGAAAGGCAGACCACCUUUGCCAUGCCAGUGGAUUUGUUUGCGAUUUUAUGCGUGAUUGCUACGGUUUACGCAGUGGAAGAGACAGUGAUGGACACGAGGACAGCCACAGCAGAGCUGGGUUGGAUAGCGUAUCCUGCCUCUGGGUGGGAGGAGGUGAGUGGUUACGAUGAGAACCUCAACACCAUCAGGACCUACCAGGUGUGUAACGUGUUCGAGCCCAGCCAGAACAACUGGCUCCUUACCACCUUCAUCGACAGACGAGGGGCUCAGCGUGUCUAUGUGGAGAUGCGUUUCACUGUCCGUGACUGCAGCUCCAUCCCCAGUGUCCCUGGCUCCUGUAAGGAGACCUUCAACCUCUACUACUACGAGACGGACUCGGUCAUCGCCACCACCAAGGGAACCGCCUUCUGGAUGGAAGCCCCCUACCUGAAGGUGGACACCAUUGCGGCUGACGAGAGCUUCUCCCAGGUGGACUUCGGUGGUCGAUUGAUGAAGGUCAACACGGAGGUGCGGAGCUUCGGCCCGCUGUCUCAUAAUGGUUUCUACCUGGCCUUCCAGGACUACGGGGCCUGCAUGUCUCUGCUGUCCGUACGUGUCUUCCAUAAGAAGUGCCCCAGCGUGGUGCAAAACUUUGCCAUCUUCCCCGAGACCAUGACGGGUGCCGAGAGCACCUCCUUGGUCAUUGCCAGAGGCACGUGCAUCGCUAACUCAGAGGAGGUGGAUUUUCCCAUCAAGCUGUACUGCAACGGAGAUGGAGAGUGGAUGGUUCCCAUCGGGAGCUGCACCUGCAAGGCUGGCUUUGAGCCAGACAACGGCAACGUCUGUAGAGGGACAAGAAAAGGUUGUGUUGUCUAUUGCCAGUCAGAAGCACAGAGGGAGCCAGAAGCUGAUUGUACUUUAUUUUGAAAAUUCUGUUUUUGAAUUGUGGUUAUUCUAUAAAGAGUAAUUUAAUUAUCAUUAUCAUGCUAAUAAAGUUAUUCAAAGUU